AUAUAUAUAUCUAUAUCUUAAGAUAUAUCGCAACGGAUAUCGUCGGCGCUGUACAACUGCAAGCAGCCUUCGUAAAUUUUGGAUUAACACUCAACUAGCUCACUGCUGUACGAUGCAAUUGGAGGCCAGUUACCCGAAAUACGCCGGACGCGUGCCGCCAUUGGACCUCUCUCAGGUCAAUGCCGGCCAAGAUCAGCUGCAGCAGCUAUGGGCGACCAAUAAACGUCAUCAUCCCUACCAAAUGUUGGACAAGUGCCGCAAUAUGCUCAGCUCCGAUGACAUCAACAACAACAAUAACAGCAGCAACAACAACAACAGCAUGCAACAUCAUAAGAGCAGUCUGCCAUAUCCCAUGGGCUCCGAUGGCUUGCCGUUGGAUCCGCGCGAUUGGACACGUGCCGAUGUGUGGAAAUGGCUAAUCAAUAUGACCGUAUCGGAGGGACUUGAAGUAACGCCCGAGCUGCCACAGAAGUUCCCAAUGAACGGCAAAGCCCUCUGCCUGAUGAGCAUGGAUAUGUAUCUGUGUCGUGUGCCCGUUGGCGGCAAGAUGCUCUAUCGUGAUUUUCGUGUGCGUCUCGCACGCGCCAUGGCGUUGCUCUCCUAAACACAAAAACUGAAUACCCAAGCGAAAUACCCUAAGGUUGUAAAUAUACCUAGUAUAUAUAGCAUACAUAUACAUACAUACAUAUAUAUAUAUGUAUACAUAGAGUUACCUAGUCUUAAGUCGUAGCCCUAAAUGCAUUUGUUUAAUCGCUUAAGUGGUCGAAGUAUGCCCCGUCUGUGCCAAGGCUCUAACUCUCAUUAGCCAUCGGCCCA